AGGGGCCCAGCUCCACACGCCACGCGCGAUUCUGCGAAUGCUCUGCCUGCCUGGCUCGGCUCUGUGGGGUUGAUGCUGGAGCCCUCUCUACGUGUGAAUCAUUCCUCCAAAAUUGCCACGCUCAAGAACAGUCCGAGUCAGCCCCCAGUAGGCGGGCAGUUGGUGGGCAGUGAGCCAGGAGAGGCCGCCUCCUGGGCCCCCGCCUCCCGCUGCUGGCUGUGUGCCUGGACGGCCACCUUCCCACCCUUGCCUUGUCCCGCCCACCCAGGCAGCCUGUGUUCACGCCACAUCCCUGCCCCCGCCUGACAGCAGUAGUCAGAGCAGGUAGCAGGUGAGGGCCGGUCUGAGCAGGGUGCUGCCUGGUUGGGCCCAGAAAUGGGAUGUCAGGCCUCCAAAAGGAGCAUAGUGGAAGCGAGGGCCUCCCUGAGCCGCUGCUGUGACGGCCAGUGAGCGAGCCGCGGAGGAUGUCCACCACGACGACGGUCGCGCCCGCGGGGAUCCCGGCGGCCCCGGGCCCGGUGAACCCGCCCCCGCCGGAGGUCUCCAACCCUGCCAAGCCUGGCCGCAAGACCAACCAGCUGCAGUACAUGCAGAACGUGGUGGUAAAGACGCUCUGGAAACACCAGUUCGCCUGGCCCUUCUACCAGCCCGUAGAUGCAAUCAAGCUGAACCUGCCCGAUUACCAUAAAAUCAUAAAAAACCCAAUGGAUAUGGGGACUAUUAAGAAGAGACUAGAAAAUAAUUAUUACUGGAGCGCGAGCGAAUGUAUGCAGGACUUCAACACCAUGUUUACAAAUUGUUACAUUUAUAACAAGCCCACAGAUGACAUAGUGCUAAUGGCCCAAGCCUUAGAGAAAAUUUUUCUGCAGAAAGUGGCCCAGAUGCCCCAGGAGGAAGUUGAAUUAUUACCCCCUGCUCCGAAGGGCAAAGGGCGGAAACCGGCUGCAGGAACCCAGAGUGCAGGUACGCAGCAAGUGGUGGCCGUGUCCUCUGUCUCCCCAGCAACCCCCUUCCAGAGCGUCCCCCCCACUGUCUCCCAGACGCCUGUCAUUGCUGCCACCCCUGUGCCAACCAUUACUGCAAACAUCACAUCGGUCCCUGUUCCCCCGGCCGCCGCCCCACCUCCUCCCUCGACGCCCAUCAUCCCUGUGGUCCCUCCCACACCGCCUGUCGUCAAGAAAAAGGGUGUAAAGCGGAAAGCAGACACCACGACGCCCACGACAUCUGCCAUCACCGCGAGCCGGAGCGAGUCGCCCCCGCCACUGUCAGACCCCAAGCAGGCCAAGGUGGUGGCACGGCGAGAGAGUGGGGGCCGCCCCAUCAAACCGCCCAAGAAGGAUCUAGAGGAUGGCGAGGUGCCCCAGCAUGCGGGCAAGAAGGGCAAGCUGUCGGAGCACUUGAGGCACUGUGACAGCAUCCUCAAGGAAAUGCUGUCCAAGAAGCAUGCGGCCUACGCCUGGCCCUUCUACAAGCCGGUGGACGCUGAGGCCCUGGAGCUGCAUGACUACCACGACAUCAUCAAGCACCCGAUGGACCUCAGCACCGUCAAGAAGAAGAUGGACAGUCGCGAGUACCCAGACGCACAGGGCUUCGCUGCUGACAUCCGGUUAAUGUUCUCCAAUUGUUACAAAUACAACCCCCCAGACCACGAGGUGGUGGCCAUGGCCAGGAAGCUCCAGGACGUGUUUGAGAUGCGGUUUGCCAAGAUGCCGGAUGAGCCGGUGGAGGCACCGGCACUGCCUGCCCCCGCAGCCCCCGUGCUGAGCAAGGGUGCCGAGAGCAGCCGCAGCAGCGAGGAGAGCUCCUCGGAUUCAGGCAGCUCGGACUCGGAGGAGGAGCGGGCCACCAGGCUGGCGGAGCUGCAGGAGCAGCUGAAGGCUGUGCACGAGCAGCUAGCCGCCCUGUCGCAGGCCCCAGUGAACAAGCCAAAGAGGAAGAAGGAGAAGAAGGAAAAGGAGAAGAAGAAGAAGGACAAGGACAAAGACAAGGACAAGGAGAGGCACAAGGCAAAGUCUGAGGACGAGAAGAAGGCCAAGGUGGCCCCACCUGCCAAGCAGGCCCAACCGAAGAAGGCUCCCGCCAAGAAGGCCAGCAGCACAGCCACGGCCAGCAGGCAGCCGAAGAAGGGUGGCAAGCAGGCAUCAGCCUCCUACGACUCGGAAGAGGAGGAAGAAGGCCUGCCCAUGAGCUAUGACGAGAAGCGCCAGCUCAGCCUAGACAUCAACCGGCUGCCCGGGGAGAAACUGGGCCGGGUGGUACACAUCAUCCAGUCCCGGGAGCCCUCGCUCAGGGACUCCAACCCCGAUGAGAUAGAGAUUGACUUUGAGACUCUGAAACCAACCACUUUGCGGGAGCUAGAGAGAUAUGUCAAGUCUUGUUUACAGAAAAAGCAAAGGAAGCCAUUCUCCACAAGCGGGAAGAAGCAGGCGGCCAAGUCGAAGGAGGAGUUAGCUCAGGAAAAGAAGAAGGAGUUAGAGAAGCGGCUACAGGACGUCAGUGGACAGCUGAACAACAACAAGAAGCCUGCCAAGAAAGAGAAAGCGGGCUCUGCGCCCUCGGGAGGGCCAUCCCGGCUCAGCAGCAGCAGCUCCUCCGGGUCCGGGAGCAGCAGUUCCAGCGGAUCCAGCUCCGACAGCAGCGACUCAGAAUGAGCUCUGGACUCGCAGAUCAGAACAAAACCAGCGAUGUCGCACACGCCGAAACUCUGCAGUGUUCCUUUCUCUGGUUAAUAUACUACUUUGGUUCCACGGCGUGCAGGUUUUCUUUUAAACUCAGUGUUACGGUAUCUUCCAGUUUUUGCUUUAAUAGGUCAAAGAUCUUUCUCGUGUGUACGUGAGGCUUUAUGAGAAGGUGUGAACCUGCAUAAAGCCUUCCCUUCGUAACUGAGUUGAGUUGCUUGGAGACGGCAACUUCAAACGCUGACCUGAUGACCGUAGAAAAAAAUGUCAGAUGUGAUCUGAAGUUUCUUGCAAAACCCCUUUCUUAUGCCCAACCUGGUCUGUAGCUCCAGACAGCAUUGUUUGAAAGGAAGUUUCUCUGAGAUGGUACUGCACCGAAGGCGGUCAGCUUUGCAAACAGGCGAUGUCUCUGUCCCCCCAGCUCAGCCCCGCGGCUGGGGUCACCUCUUGCUGCAGGGUGGGGGGACUGUGGAGGUGCUGCGGGCUCCAGUCCGGGCUUCUGCAGGGGUGGGGAGAGGCAGGUGGGCACCGAGGGAGGGGCGUCGGGAGCUCCUGGGAGGGAACACGGGGGCCGCGUGUGCCACACGCAGCUUUCCAUACACUGAAACUUUUACCUCAACUUAAAAAAAAAAAAAAGAAAAGAUUAAAAAAAAAAAAAAAACUAAAGGAGACUUUUUUGUAAGGUUCAGCAAUUUUCUACGAAAGUCCAGCCCCAUGUGUGUCCCCAACUCGUGAGCUGCCGCUGCUGCACACUCUGGAGCCCUUCUCCCAGUCUCGUGUAUAUAUGAACACUUUAUUUAUUAACAUCAUUGGUGGUUUUUAAAAAAAAAAAAAAACUGCAAAAGAAAUGCAUUAAAAAAAAAAAAAAAAAAGAAA